AAGGUUUGUCAAAUUACUAGUCUCUCUUCUCAACUAAUAGAAUAAGCUUAAGCUGCCAAAUUAUGGCUAAUGUUUUUCAUGAGCUUCAAGCUAUCACCAAGGCUUUCUCAGGACUUGGAGUCGAUGAGAAGGCAAUAAUAUCAAUUGCUGGAAAAUGGAAACACGACCACAAACACUCUUUCAGGAAAGCUAGUCCCAACCAUUUUUUAGCAGACAAAGAACGCGACUUUGAGAAGUGGAAUGAGCAACAAGUUGAACUUAUCAAGCAUGAAGCUCUGCGUUUUAAGAGUGCUUUGGUGCUAUGGACCAUGCAUCCUUGGGAAAGAGAUGCUCGUUUUCUCAAGGAGGCUUUAACCAAGGGCCCCGAAGGUUAUAACUUACUCAUAGAAAUUGCUUGCUCAAGGUCGUCAGAAGAGCUCUUGGGAGCUAGGAAAGCUUACCAUUCUUUGUUUCACUCUUCAGUGGAGGAAGAUGUUGCAUCUAAUGUCAAUGGCCAUAAGCGCAAGUUAUUGCUAGCACUAGUGAGCGCAUACAGGUAUGAAGGUUCUCGAGUGCAUGAUAAGAAUGCUAAAUAUGAUGCUCAGGCUCUUCACCGUGCAAUCAAUAAUAAUUCUUCGGAUGAAGAUGAAGAGUUAGUAGGAAUAUUGUGUACAAGGAGCAAGCUUCAUAUUUGGGCUGUCUCCGAACACUACAAGCAAUUGUUUGGAAAAGUUCUCAGUGAGGAAUUUCAUGGUAAUUUGAACUUAAAAGCAGCGCUUGAAUGCUUAUUUAUCCCUGAGGUGUAUUUUAGUAAGGUUUUAGAUGCGGCAAUGAGAGAAGGGGCUACUGACUUCAUACAAGAGGGGCUAACUCGAGUGAUUGUGUCUCAAGCGGAUGGUAAAAUGGACGAGAUAAAAGCAGCAUACCAUAAGCUAUUUGGAGCUCAUUUGUCCCAGAAGAUUGAAGAGACUUGUCUUGGCAACUUCAAGGACUUCUUGCUUACAUUGGUUGCUAGAGGGGACUGACCAGAACGUACACAAAUUGGCUGUUGGUGAAUGGAUGUUUCAUUCUUUCUUUUUAUGUUAAUUUCUUUCCUAUGUUUACCCUAUUUAUUAGGAUAUUAUCCAUAAAAAUUGUCUCACUUUACAUGUAUCCAAACCUUGAAACCAAGUUAAGUUCAUUUAUUUUGAAGGCA